UGCACCCUCUUGGUUGCCGUAGUGUUUCUUUUCAUUUGCGCACCCUGUUGUCAUGGCGGCCUUUCGAAAACCAGUGUUGUUAGGGCUUCGAGAUUCGGCAGUACACGGCAGCCCCACAGGGCCGGGUUCCUGGACGGUUAGCAAGUUGGGCGGCAUUCCGGACGUCCUGCCGGACUUGGCAGCUCCAAGGCCGGAGUGUGCGCGUUGCAGGCAGCCGCUCGCCCUCGUCGUGCAGGUGUACUGUCCCCUAGAAGGCUCCCCAUUUCAUCGGCAGCUGCACGUGUUCGCUUGCGCCCGCCCUACGUGCGGCGACCACGGGGCUCGCAGCUGGAAGGUGUUUCGCUCCCAGUGUCUGGAGGUGCGAGAGAAACAGACACAGGACGCCCAGAAUUGGGAAAAUGAUCAUGCCGCUGAGAAUUGGUGUGAAGGUGCAGACGACUGGGGAAGUGACAGUGAGGAGGUACCUCCACCACACCUUACCUUGGGUUUUGGAAAUGAUUCUAACAGUGCCAAAGAUGUAGACUGGACUGCUCAGCUUCAAGACCUCCAUCUACAGGACACUUCUCUGUCUACUGCUCAUUCUGCACCUCCAGGGGAAGGGAUGGCUGCUUCUACUGUGAUGCUGCAGUUCCCGCCCUACUACAUUUGUGUCGUAGAUGAGGAUGACUACAGAGACUUCGCUAGUCUAGAUCAUGCCUAUUGCCUUCUAAAGGACUACCAACAAAGAGAAGGAGUUGAUAUGGGCCAGUUGAUUUCUCAUAGUUUUUCAAGUGAUGGUGAUGAAAAGUAUGAGAAGACCAAGAUUAAAAGUGGAGAUCAGAUGUUUUACAAAUUCAUGAAGAGAAUUGCUGUUUGUCAGGCACAGAUUUUAAGAUAUUCCUGGGGUGGAGAGCCACUUUAUCUGACCUGCCCUACUCCAGAAGUCUCUGAGGUUCCAGCCUGCAGUCACUGUGGUGGCCAAAGGACAUUUGAGUUUCAGCUUAUGCCAGCACUAGUCAGCAUGCUCAGAAGUGCUAAUUCAGAUUCCUGCUGUGUAUUCCAGAUUGGCUCUGACCUCACUAUGUAGCCCAGAUCUUUUGGUGGAAUUUGGAACAAUUCUAGUUUACACAUGUGAGAAGAGUUGCUGGCCUCAGAAUCAUCAGACUCCCAUGGAAGAAUAUUGCAUUAUACAAGAAGAUCCAGAUGAGUUACUAUUUAAGUAGAACUUUUCCUUUUAUUAUACAAAUUAAAACAAAUUUCAAUAUAUAA